UCUGAUGACCUGCCCAAUGAAAAUGAGCCUCAUCAGAAGAGACAGAAAACACAGAUAACAGAAAAGAAAACUAAACUAGUUUUAUACAUCAACCAUCACACUGGAUGCUGUAAGAUAAAGAAGAGGGCAUACGAUCAGCUCAAGUCAUCAUCUAGGGGCAAAAGGAAAUCAACAAACUCGACAAAUGAAAAUGAGUCUCAUCAGAAGAGACAGAAAACACAGUUAAUAGAAGAGAAAACUGACGUCUCCAACAAAACUAAACUAGUUUUAUACAUCAACCAGCACACUAGAUGCUGGAAUAUAAAGCAGAGGGCAUACGAUCAGCCAACAACAAGUGGCAAAAGGAAAUCUACAAACUUGCCAACUGUAAAUGAGCCUCAGCAGAAGAGACAGAAAACUCAGACUAUAGAAGAGAAAACUGACGUCUCCAACACAACUAAACUACCUCCUAAACGUUUAGGCAUUGCACAUUUGUUGGAGGUUUAUGAGACGAAAGAACUGCUGGGCAAAGGAGGAUUUGGCUCUGUGUAUGCUGGUGUACGUAAAGCAGAUGGAUUGCCAGUUGCAAUCAAGUACAUCUCCAAACGUAAAGCACCUGAAAAACUGGAAAUCCCUGGACAUGGUUUCCUGCCCACUGAGGUAGCUUUGAUGUCCAUCGUAAAUACAGAACCAUACUGUUUAAACAUUCUGCGGAUUCUGGAGUGGUAUGAAGAGCCAAAGUGCUACUACAUAGUUCUGGAACGACCCGAACCAUGUGAAAACCUCCACCAGUUCUGCAGUAGGUAUGGCAGCUGCUUGCCUGAGACUGUGGCUCGUUUAGUGAUGGUUCAGCUGAUAGAUGCACUGAAGCAUUGCAAGAGCCGGGGAAUUCUGCAUCGUGACGUUAAGCCAGAAAACAUCAUGGUUCAGACAGACACCCUUAACGUUAAGCUGAUUGACUUCGGGUGCGGAGACUUGAUCAAGGACACUUACAAAGAAUUUACAGGCACACUCAUCUAUGCUCCUCCUGAGUGGUUUAAAAAGAAAAAGUAUUUGGCAGAACCAGCGACUGUCUGGUCUGUGGGUGUGACACUGUACAGACUGGUGUGUGGCUCUCUGCCGUUCAACACCCGGAAGGAAGUGAAACAUGGUCAUGUGUGUUUCUCCAGAAGUCAUUCUGAAGAAUGCAUGCAUCUGAUCCGUUGGUGUUUGUGCACCAAACCAGCAGGCCGUCCGAGUCUGGAGCAGAUAGAGCAUCACCCAUGGUUUCACUUAAAAGGAUCUGCAGUACAAACUACUGGAUAGACACCUGCCAUCAACCUGGACAUGGUUUCCUGCCCGCUGAGGUAGCUUUGAUGUCCAUCGUAAAUACAGAACCAUACUGUUUAAACAUUCUGCGGAUUCUGGAGUGGUGUGAAGAGCCAAGCUGCUACUACAUAGUUCUGGAAUGACCCGAACCAUGUGAAAACCUCCACCAGUUCUGCAAUAGGUAUGGCAGCUGCUUGCCUGAGACUGUGGCUCGUUUAGUGAUGGUUCAGCUGAUAGAUGCACUGAAGCAUUGCAAGAGCCGAGGAAUUCUGCAUCGUGACGUCAAGCCAGAAAACAUCAUGGUUCAGACAGACACCCUUAACGUUAAGCUGUUUGACUUUGGGUGCGGAGACUUGGUCAAGGACACUUACAAAGAAUUUACAGGUAUAUUAUCUGAAAGCUCUGAAAACUUAUGAGUUUGUUAUACCUCUGAAAAGAGGGAGAUGAAAAAAGCAUGAACACGCUGAACUGCAAACUUUAUGUAAAAUAAUUUUUAUAACAAUUGCCAUAACAAUAAACUUUACAAAACCUCAUCAAUUGUCUUCUCUUUUCAUUUCACACAUUUUUAUAUAAACUGUUAAUUAUAUACUAUUUAUAGUUAUUUAUAUAUAUAAUAUUUAGUUAUUUAUAAUCAAUAAUACAUUAAUUCAUUAAUUCAGCUUUUUAGAAAUAUCUGAUAGACAAUUUAAACUAACAUGUAUGGUCUUGAAAUAACUCGCAUCUGAAAAUACACAUCUUAAAUUCUGUAAUCCACUUUUUACAUUUAUCAAUAUAUUCACCUUUUUUCAGCAAA